AUGCCGCGUAAACGACGAGCGGCGACUCCUGAGUGUUCGGAAGACGACCUCUCCUGCUGCUCAGAAGAAAAGAGGGACGACAGCAGGGCUCCCAGGAACGCGGCGAACGCGAGAGAAAGGGCCAGGAUGCGAGUUCUCAGCCGAGCGUUCUCCAGAUUGAAGACGACCCUGCCAUGGGUGCCUGCUGAUACGAAGCUGUCCAAGCUCGACACCCUCAGGCUGGCCGCGACCUACAUCGCGCACCUUCGGGCCGUUCUCAGAGACGACGGCACAGAGCCCAGGUCCCUCUCGCUAGCGCUGUCCUGGCCGUUCGCGUUGCAGCCGGGCAACGCUACGAGCAGCAACAGUUGCGGCGGGAUAUCGUCGUCGAAUUCGAAUCAGCAGUACCUCAGCCAGCAACAAACGGAGCUGCAGUGUUUUCAUCAGCCGGUGUCCCUCCGGCACGAGCCCCAACUCUCCUAUUUCUAA